AUGGUUUCCUUCAAGAUCUCCACCGUCCUGGCUCUGGCCGCUGCCGUUUCUGCUGCUCCCACCGAGAAACUUCAGUCUCGUGCCUCUGUCCCCCACGACUCGAUCAGCCCAGUUGCUCAACGUAUCCAGACAGGUGGCAACGGCAAGCUCAUCGAGACCUUCAACCCUCUUCUCCACAUCGCCCAUGGCUGCCAGCCGUACCCUGCUGUCGCUGAUAACGGCGACAUCAGCGGUGGCCUUCAGGAUUCCGGCAGCGCCACCGGCGGCUGCAGAGACCAGAGCAAGGGUCAGACUUACGCCCGCGCCGGCGUCGUUGACGGCAAGACUUGCGUCAUGUACGCCUGGUACUUCCCCAAGGACCACCCCACCAGCGGCAACGUUGCUGGAGGCCACCGCCACGACUGGGAGAACAUUGUCAUCUGCGUCGACGACCCGGCUGCCGCCACUCCCAAGAUCACCGCCGCCGGCGCCUCUUCUCACAACGGCUACAGCAAGGUCAGCGGUGCUCCCAAGAUGAACGGCAACAGCCCCAAGGUUGAAUACUUCACGACCUUCCCCACCAACCACGAGCUCCAGUUCACCGAUACCAAGGGAAAGACUUACCCCAUCUCCGACUGGGACGCCAUGCCCGAGGCUGCCAAGAAGGGUCUCCAGGAUGCUGACUUCGGAAAGGCCAACGUUCCCUUCAAGGAUGGCAGCUUCGAGUCCAAGGUCCGCGAUGCCACCAGUGCUUAA